AUGGUACGUCAUGUUAUACAGCACGAAUUACUCGAGGAAAAGCGCAGACUUACCGCAGUCGCAAUAGCUUUGCCAUGCACCAGAGAUGGUAGCGAGUUCAUCGAGCCGGGUGCACCCCCUCCAUCUCGAGACAGGCCUGACAAAGGCAACUGGACGCCGUUUGGCUCACGGCUGGAGUUCGAGGUGGCAGAGUUCCUGUACAAGAAGAAUCAAAUGUCACAAAGGGACGUGAACACCUUGAUGGAUCUGUGGGCCGCAUCGCUCAUUCAAUAUGGAGGCAAGCCGCCUUUCGACAAUUCUGCUCACCUGCUUGAUACAAUCGAUGUCAUCUCCCUUGGUGAUGCGUCGUGGUCCAAGGUUGAGCUGUGUUACCGCGGCGCCUUGCCAGAGGGGGACAUACCAUCAUGGAUGACCGAGAAAUACGAUAUAUGGAUGCGGAACACCCGUGUUGUCGUACACUCGUUGGUCGAAUGCGAAGACUACAAUGGGGACAACGAGUUCAAUCUGGUGCCCUAUCAAGAAGUCAAUGAACAAGGCGGCCGACGACUCACGAAUGUUUUAUCUGGCAACUGGGCGUGGCGGCAGGCAGAUAAGAUCGCAGAAGACCCUACCACGCAUGGGUCGAUGUUCGUACCUGUCAUUGUGGGAAGCGACAAGACGACCGUGUCAGUCGCGACGGGGCAGAACGAGUACUAUCCCCUAUAUGUCUCCAUCGGCAACGUUUCGAACGGUGUCAGGCGUGCACACCGCGGUGCCGUUCGUGUCGUGGCAUUCCUAGCGAUUGCGAAAUGUGAAAAGAAGCACCAAAAUACCACCGCCUUUCGCACGUUCAAACGCCAGUUGUAUCACGCAAGUGUCGCCGCUGUUCUGGACCCCCUUCGUCCUGCGAUGUCUACCCCAGAGGUUGUGCGCUGUCCUGACUCACACUUUCGCCGUGCUCUCUAUGGUGUCGGCCCGAACUUGAUGGACUAUCCUGAACAAGCUCUGGCGGCGUGCAUUGUUGAAGGCUGGUGUCCGGUGUGCCCAGGACCCUUCAAUGAUCUCGACGCGGGCUUCAUGCAAGGCCGUCGAAGCGAGGAGCUCACCGAGGAGCUGGUUCGACGGUUCGACACGAAGCUGCUGUGGGAGGAGUAUGGGAUUGUUGCAAACGUCAUUCCUUAUACGAACAAUUUCCCGCGUGCUGAUAUCCAUGAAUUACUGUCGGGCGACCUCUUGCAUCAAGUAAUCAAGCCUUUCAAAGACCACGUCGUCGAUUGGACGAUAGACUACCUCAAGAUUGAGCAUGGCGAAGGACGUGCUGCAGAGAUCGUGGAUGAGAUAGACCGACGGAUAGCUGCUAUGCCGCCUUUUGCUGGCCUGCGACACUUUCGUCAAGGGCGAAACUUCAAGCAAUGGACGGGCGACGAUUCUCGAGCCCUUAUGAAGAUCUUCCUCGCCGCGAUCAAAGGGCUUGUCCCGCCCGAGAUCGUGUGUAUGGUCCACGAAUAUCUAGAAUUUGCAUAUAGGAUUCGCCACCCCAUUCAAACAGAUACCAAGCUCGACGAAUGUGAGGCGCACCUCACCGAGUACCACCGCCACCGAGAGUUCCUUCGUCAUGCAGGUGUUAGGCCUGAAGGCUUCUCAUUACCGCGCCAGCACUCCCAUGGACAUACCCCUCGCCACACCUGGAACUUCGGCGCCCUCUAUGGCCUCUGCACUUCGCUCACCGAGAGCAAGCACAUCAAGGCCGUCAAGGAGCCGUGGCGGCGGUCGAACCGGUAUCGCGCCCUCGGCCAGAUGCUAUUGACCAAUCAGCGGCUCGAUAAACUUGCCGCAGCACGUGUGGACUUCGCCGCACGAGGCAUGCUCGAAGGAACCUGCCUUUCGGAGGCUGUCACCACCUCGUUGUCCCGAUCCGCAGCUGCCGAGAACAUCGCUCAAGAUGACAUCGACGAGCUUGACUAUCCACUGCAAGGCCCUCCGCUGAUCCCCGAGCCUGAACUUCAGCCCAACCGUAACGCCGCUGGACCUGCCGGCCAAGAACAACCUGGCGCGAACAAUCCAAUCGACGCCGACUACUAUGGGCAUGGAGAGGGCGAUGAACCUGGGGAUGCUGAUGACGACGACGACGAUGGUGCUGUGGAAGGGCCACCAGUCGAGGCAUUUGUUCUUCUGGCCUGUCGCCGAGCCAAGAACUACCCUACUGCGUUAAUCGAGCUUGCGACUCACCUCGGACGCCCCGAACUAACAGCAUCCAUCGCGCGGUUCUUAGCACAGCAGCUGCACAAGGAUCCGGAUGACGAACGUGUCCUGGCGACCUAUACAAUACCGAACCUGCGGAUAUCGGUCUUCCCCUCCGCGGUCGCAACAUUCUACGCCCCGGCUGAUCCGUCUGGUGCUGGUGGAAUGCGGCGUGAGCGCAUUCGAGCGACGCCGUCCUGGCGAUCGGAUGGAGCACACUAUGACUGCGCUUUUGUGCAGAAGGAUGCCGAGCAGAAGGGCUUUCGGGGUCUGGACGCCGUACGUGUUCGCCUUCUCUUUUCCUUCAAGUUCAAUGGUAUCCUAUACCCCUGUGCCCUUGUCGAAUGGUUCGUGCCGGUCGGCAAUGAGCCUGACGAGGAGACAGGGAUGUGGAUAGUCGAGCCGGAACUGGAUGCCGACGCACAGAGGCCAUAUGAGGUCAUUCAUCUAGACACAAUUUUCCGCGCGGCACACUUGCUGCCUGUGUAUGGCCGAGACCCACUUCCUGCCGGCUUCCGUGUGCAAGACUCACUCGACGCCUUUCGUGCAUACUUGGUAAAUAAAUUUGUCGAUUAUCACGGUCACGAGCACGCGUUCUAG